AUACUUGUCGCUGGUUGAGGCCCAGUGGCCCACAUAAAGUAAAAGCCUCAUGGUGCAGCCUCUAACGACGUCGUUCCCGCAGUACGCGCGAACUUGGACCCCACAAAUCAUACCCUCUUUAACCUCUAGUUGCUCUAUUAUUCCCUCACCUGAGUCCCCUAGUUACUUUCUCUUUACCGUCGAUCUCGCCCCCGCCCGCAACCCCUACCCCCGCCGCCCGCAACCACUACCCCCGCCGCUGCAGCAUUAUUUUCUUUCCGAUGACAGGCUGUGCUCAAACAUUCCGAAAUGAACACUCUGCCCCCCGUUCCGAGAGANUCCUUCCGAGUUCCCAUCCAGUCCCCGUCAGAUGAUGAUCAAGAGCAGGAACGAACCACUGCAGCAACCACCGCAUCCAAUGAAAUCGCCGCCGCAGCUGUUAAGAUACAGUCCGCUUACCGAUCUCACGUGGUCCGCAUGCUCGUCAGGAAGAUCUCAGCCGUCUAUCACGAAGCCGCCUAUCUACAAUGCGUCAUUCAACGGCAGGAUACAGUUGAUGCGGUGAGGAGCAAUGAGCGAGAGAGGAUUAGGAUGAACGAAGAUUUGAUGGGAUUAUUGCUUAGAUUAGACUCUGUUCCCGGAGUCGAUCCAGCAGUCAGGGAUCUGAGGAGGAAUGUGAGCCGCAAGAUUGUGGGGCUGCAAGAGAUACUGGAUGCUGUUUCUGCUGCAAACAUUGAGACCUGGGAUGGUUUCUUGAGGGACUGGGAUGAAGAUCUUGUGAAGAUCGAAACCGAUGCAUGCAAUGGAAAUGGAAAUGGGAAUGGAGACAUUGAGAGGUUUUGCGCCCAGUACUUAGGGUUUCGAUGCCUUCAACAGUUUCUUCAUGACCAAUGGUGACAGUGCCCACUUGCUCUAUAUUUUCUACGUUGUUAUUCCUUGCUUCUUUCUCUGUGUGUUGUUAGGGUGUGAAGUCUGAUUAUAUAUAGUUGAUGUACUAUAAAAUAUAUCCCAUUUGUGUGGAUAUAUUUGAUUAUAACGUGUAUUCUCUGUAAUUGUACAUAUUUCGAAUCAUCAAUAUAUAGUCCUACCGUCA